CAUCAACAUCCAUCCCUCCAUCCCCUCCACGCCCAUCCCUUCCUCCCUUCCUUGCCAAAACCCACCCAGAACUAGUUAAACAUCUAAGUUUAUUUCGCUUCACACCAUCUCCCUGAGCUCUUCUUUUCUGUACUUUACAACUUGCGAGCACCCCUUUUGCUACCCACGGCAAUAUCCGUGCCCGAGUUGGAAGUUGAAGUAGCGACGGUAGCACAGCAAAAAGGUACCCUAGAAACAACAGAGGUGGGAGCGAAGGAAAACCUACAAUCAUGUCUAUCAACUGGGUAAUGCUCUCUCCCACCCCGCCACACACAUUCAUCGCCCUCCCAAACGAGCGGUCCCUCUACCAAUCCCCAGCACGCACGGGGAUAUCCUUAACCACCACAUCCCCACACCGGGGUACUCGCCCCUUAUCGAUUAAUAGCAAUACCGGGACAGCAUACAUAACAAACCAACGCAUAAUCUACAUCCCAACUGCCAAAACCUCCGACUUUGAAUCCUUUGCUUGUCCAAUUGCGAACCUGCAUGAUACACACGUGGCCCCGCCAUUCUUUGGGCCGAAUGUUUGGAAGGCCGUUGUCCAGCCUGUUGCUAAUGGCGGACUGGGAGGAGGGGACAGAGGGGGGGUGGAGUUGAAGCUGAUUUUCAAGGAUGGCGGCGCGUUCGAUUUUUCUACAAUCUUUGAGAGGUUGAAGGAGAAGGUGCUCAAUGCUAGGGAGACAGGCGUCAGCGCUGAAGCAGUGCAUUUAGAUGAGUUGCCGACGUAUGAGGAUGCUAGGACCGGGCAGCCAUCCUCUUCUGUCACCACUGCCGGCGCUCCUCCUUCGCCCGCUGCAACCGCACCUGCAAUGGUGUCGGAACCACCUGAAAUUACCGUAAUACAGGCGGACGCUGACCCCUCUAUCCCCAGUGGUCCUCCGCCCGGCUACGAAGAAGCUCAGCGCGAGUCUGUCGCGGAAGAGCUCGAGAGACAAAUUGGGCAAAUAGCCGACGCCAGAAUUCAGUAGACAACCUUUUUUCCCUCCUACUUUUCGCGUUCUUCUACUUCCACUUUUAAAACUUACUUCGUUCUGCGUCCCUUUAUUUCCUUUCUUCAAUUGGGAUUCACUUAAACCGGUUUGUUUUCAUAGGGACGCCUGGACUGGCUUGGGGGCGUCAGGAGAUAAAAUUAUCACUGUCCGUGCUGAGUUUUUUCCUUCAACUCCCUGCAUACUAUUUUUACUACCCUACUUUUUUAUCUAUUUUCAUAUCUCGCUUGAGGGUUGAGGGAGGGGUGAGUGUAAGAUUAUCAUAAGUUGACCGAUUGCGGAUUACCGGCCCACCGACCUUGCCGUUGCCAAAUGUUUGCAGAAGAAAAGUAUAUAGUUUCGAAAGUGAAAUGAAGCAUGACCCCCCCCCAUAGAUCACCGCAAAUCACUUUUUAGUAACCCAAACCUCAACAGUACUCGUCCUCCUCCUCCUAACAUCCUCCCCCCCCUCCUCCUCCA